AAAUUGACUAAAAAAUCAUGUCAAGCAACGGUCCGACAGAUACCAACGGGAUGAAGGACAACGCCAGGCUGCCGGUGGUCUUGACGAUUGCUGGAUCUGACAGUGGCGGCGGGGCGGGCAUUCAAGCUGACCUCAAGACAUUCUUCGCCCUCAGAUGCCAUGGAACGAGGUGAGCAUCGCAUGCUGUGUGCGUCGAUGAGGCGUGCAUCGCAAGGAGCCACGGCUCCUUUCUCUCGUGUGUUUGUGCCUGCAGCGCUAUUACCUGCCUUACAGCCCAGAACACGACAGCAGUUGACGCCAUCCACGCCGCUCCCCCUUCCUUCGUUGCUCAGCAGAUCAAGACCAUCACUGCUGACUUCAGUCUGUCCGCCAUCAAGACGGGCAUGCUCUACUCCAAGGCCAUCAUCGAGAGUGUCGUGGACACGCUCAAAUGCGUGCUGCUUCAGGAGGGGGCCGCGGAUCUGGCUAUUGUGGUUGAUCCGGUGAUGGUGGCUGCGAGCGGCGCUCGAUUGGUGGAGGCCAACGCCAUUGAGGCGAUGAAGGAGCAGCUGCUGCCGCUCGCUACCAUCGUCACACCCAAUGUGCCCGAGGCGGAGGCGAUGCUGCACGACUACAAGGUGAGUAUACAAAGAGUGAGUGGCCGCAUGUGUGCUGGCGCAUGGCAUUUCUGCGUGUGUGUGUGUGUGUGUGUCCUUCCUAUAGGACAGCAGUGGGUCACGUCCUUUCCGCGAGAUCUCGUCAAUCGAGGCGAUGAAGGGCGCCGCGCAAGCCGUCUGCGACCUCUACAACGUUCGCUCCUGCCUCAUCAAAGGCGGCCACCUCACCGCUGCAGCCGACCCCUCUGAGGCUGCUGAUGUCCUCUUCGUUCGUGAGACGGGGAGGCAUCAUGUGUUUGCGGGCAAGCGGCUGCCGCUGGUCAACGUGCAUGGGACGGGAUGCACGCUGGCCAGUGCCAUUGCUGCGUUUCUGGCGAGGGGCAAGAGCGUCGAUGAUGCGUGCCGGCUUGGCAAGGCGUAUGUGAAGCAUGCCAUUGAAGCGGCCUACCCGCUGGGCAGCAGGUCGAGGGGACUGGAACAUCGCUGGAGUGACGAUGAUGUGUUGUAAGGGCAGUGCAGUGAGGUGGUCUAACCUGUGAGCAGCUGUGAGAUUCACAUAAUGUGCUGUCAGUGAUGUGAAUGGGCGGAUGGGCUAGACAAUGGUUUACAAGCUAGCUAGGUGAUUGCGUCUUUCAGAGCUAAGUUGAUGUCUUCGUGGCUUCCUGUCGCUCUCUCUCUUCCGAGAGAAGUGCCUCUGUGCUGCCAGUGCUUGUGCAUGGGUGUUUGCUGAUACGCAUAUGCGUGGGGACGCUUCCGUGGCUGAAGGGCGCGCGCCCAGCACACCUGAAUCUGUGUGUCUGUCAAAUGAAAU